AAUCAUAGAGGAAGUCGUAAAAUAAAGUAUUUGUUAAAGCAGGUUAAAGUCCUGCAUUAGGAUACUUCAACUUACUAAAGAAAGCGGGGUAUUAGCAAAGAUGUUACAAAGAACCGCCAUAUAUCUGCUGUUCCUGUCAACAGUAUUUGCAGUUAAUCGUCCACCAAAUAUAUACGUGCAGCCAACAGACCGUGAUAUAUAUUAUAUACCUGGAGAAUCAGUUGAGAUAUUGUGUAUAGCUGAUGGUAUACCAAAACCAAAGUAUAUAUGGAGACGUAACGGGGUGGUUUAUAAUCCCAGUGGUCAAGAAGACCGUGUGGUCCAACUACCAAAUCAAGGUACAAUCGUGUUUAACAAGCCAGGAGAUAAAGAUGAAGGUAUCUUCCAGUGUUUUGCUGACAAUGGGUAUGGAAUAUCUGCUUCAGUGAAGAUCAACCUGAGAAAAGCUAAACUCAAAAAAUUUGCAUAUGAACCAAGACAGACACAUACAGUUUAUGCUGGGAAUGAUCUAACUUUACCAUGUACACCGCCUCAGAGUUAUCCACCUGCAGUUCUAUACUGGGUGACAAAAAUACCAGAUGGUAGAUGGCAAGCUAUCAACUUUGAUAAACGAGUUAGCAUGGAUAUUGAAGGCAGGCUCCGAUUUACAAAUGUGUUGAGAUCAGAUAUGAUCGGGGGAAGAGCUUACUCCUGUUUUGCCAUCAACUUCUUCAUGAGAGACAACGCCAUUGGUCCAGAACACGUUGUCACAGUAUUUGAAUCUACUGAACAGAAGCUGCCUGCUAAAGAGUUGUGGACAUCACCUAGUGAUCAGCUUUUUCUUAAAGGUGGAACUCUAAGGCUCAAAUGUAUUUUUGCUGGGAAUCCCACACCGGAAGUAUAUUGGGAGAAACUUGAGGGAACAUUUCCAGAUAGAGCAAAGUUUAAGAGUUUUGGACAAGAGUUACACAUCACUGACGUACGUGAGUCAGAUGCUGGCCAGUAUGAAUGUAUGGGUCUAAACAGCGCGUCAACAGAAAUGGCAACUAAAGCCUUUAAUGUCAGAAUUGAAGCGGCACCUUUUUGGGUGGAAGAACCUCACGAUGUUGAAGCCAGUAUUAAUGAGAAGGCAACCUUUAUAUGUAAAGCUGAUGGUGACCCUAAACCUGAAUAUGCCUGGUACAUUAAUGGUGUACCACUUGAAGAUAGACAGAACAAGCUGGGUGUACGAGAUCCACGUAUCUACAACAACAACCGAUUCUAUAAGAAAGAUGCUAACAAUAUAACCCUGACAAAUCUAACUUUAGAAGAUCACAUGAAUAUUCAAUGUAAUGCCAGUAACAAACACGGAUAUAUCUUUUCUGAUGUCUACCUUAAUGUUCUGGCUGAAAAGCCUACUAUAAUCAAGCCUCCUCCUGCACAGAUCAAGGUUGCUGAGAGUAAAUCUGUUACAAUAGACUGCCUGGUGACAGGUAAACCUGACCCUACAGUCACCUGGUACAGAAAUCAGAGUCUAAUUACAGGUGGACGGUUUCAAAUUAUGCCUAACGGGACUCUACAUAUCCAGAAAGUGGUAAUGGCUGAUGCAGGUGACUAUAGAUGUAGAGCAAAGAAUAUCUACGGUGAGGUGACAUCAUCAACAUGUAAAACUCAAAUUAGACGAAAGACGAGAAUUGAGCAGUAUCCGCUAGAUCUUGAAGUUAUAGCAGGAUACGACGCUAAGUUUACGUGUUCAGGAUCUACAGAUUUUGACGAGGCUGCACACAUGGAGGUGUACUGGGAGAAGGACGAUAAACGUGUGUCAGCUAACGAACAAAGAAUGACACAAAACUUUCAGGAUAAUUCAUUGACAAUUUCUGGAACAAUUGUGCGAGAUUCUGGAGUAUAUACAUGUAUUAUAACAAAUGGCUUGGAUGAAGAUAGGGCAUAUGCAAUAUUGACUGUUAAAGCUGAAAAGCCUACUAUAAUCAAGCCUCCGCCUGCACAGAUCAAGGUUGCUGAGAGUAAAUCUGUUACACUAGACUGCCUGGUGACAGGUAAACCUGACCCUACAGUCACCUGGUACAGAGAUCAGAGUCUUAUUACAGGUGGACGGUUUCAAAUUAUGCCUAACGGGAAUCUACAUAUUCAGAAAGUGGUAAUGGCUGAUGCAGGUGACUAUAGAUGUAGAGCAAAGAAUAUCUACGGUGAGGUGACAUCAUCAACAUGUAAAACUCAAAUUAGACGAAAGACGAGAAUUGAGCAGUAUCCGCUAGAUCUUGAAGUUAUAGCAGGAUACGACGCUAAGUUUACGUGUUCAGGAUCUACAGAUUUUGACGAGGCUGCACACAUGGAGGUGUACUGGGAGAAGGACGAUAAACGUGUGUCAGCUAACGAACAAAGAAUGACACAAAACUUUCAGGAUAAUUCAUUGACAAUUUCUGGAACAAUUGUGCGAGAUUCUGGAGUAUAUACAUGUAUUAUAACAAAUGGCUUGGAUGAAGAUAGGGCAUAUGCAAUAUUGACUGUUAAAGGUACUACUGACACAUCUAAUACAGAAGCUUUUACAGCUAACCUCUCCUUAACCAGAGCUGCAUUACUGGUACUGGUACUGCAGUUCAUACUGCAGUGAUAUUGUACUUUAGAACAUUAUAGUCAGCGAUCAACAAGGUUUCAUAAAUAAUUGUUUUAUUGGUAAUAAUAUACCUCAAAUAUCGGACGUUAUUGACUAUUGUGGAAAAUAUACAUGUAUAACAUUCAUGGAAACAUUCUGUUUUUAGAUUUUAAAAGGCUUGAGAUACGAAUAACGACAUAAACGUUCAUAAACCAUAAACAAAAUCCCAAUAAAAACCAACAAUUAAACUUUUAAGCUUUAACGACACAACUAGCCUACGAUACCACAAUGCUCUUUAAAAGCACAGAAGAUGUACAAAAUAAAUUAUAAACUAUUGAAACUUUCGGAAAACAUUCUGGUCUAGAAUUAGAUAUGCACAAGACAAAGGCGUUCAAUUAGGAUGGGAAUUUAAACUUAACUGACAUAAAAUGGAUGGAAAAAUAAAAGUUUGAGGCAUCUACUUUGGCACAAAUAGAAAACAUUGAGAACAAUUAAAUUGGAAAUUGAAAAUUCAAAAAGGUAAAAGCUUAAUUAAUUCAGGGACGAAAAGAAACUGACUGUUUAUGGACAACUCGGAGUCACAAAAUCAAUAUUGAUUCCAAAAUUUACCUAUUUAAUGCAAUCAUUGUACUUUCCAGAAGAAAUACAGAAAAAAAACUCAAUUAUUUUUAAAUACGUACUUUUGGGACAAUAAAACAAAAAGGAAAUUGAAAAAGAUAUAUUAUUGAUACACACUUUUGAAAGAGGUGGCUUUAACAUGAUUGACAUUGUAGGAUUUGUCACUUAGCUCCACAUAAAUGGGUGAAGUCUCUACUAUCAAAUGAAAGUGGAAAGUCACGGGAGAGGAACUUGUCAGGAGUUCGUGUGAGAACUAUCACAGAGUUCCAGGAAAACGUUAUGGAUUCCGUCGCAAAACGUUUGUAUAAACCACAGAAACACUUUUCAAAAAUUGCAAUAUUCAUCUUUAAAAAUAUAUUGAGGUGCUACUAUAAUCUUUAGUAAUAAAGCCUAACAUGCAUAGUGUAUAAUGUGUCAGAAAAAAACAUAAUUGUCUAUUUGUCAUUGACUCUUGUUUAAAAUCUAGUAUAUUUAGAAAAAUUCCAACUUAUUUGUUCAUUCGUACAUAUUGAUCUGUUCAUUUGUGAUCUUCUUCCUUGCCAAACAUCAUUAUCUAAUUAAAAUAGAAAGUUGUAAACAUAAAGCCUUGGGUAACAAAUUUAUGCCCCAUUCUUCAAAUGUCCUCGAGUUCUUGUGAUAACUCAGACGAUGUCCUAGAGUUCUUAUGAUAAUUUUUAUAACACGUUUUAGCCUUUUUAUUAAAUAAGGGUGUAAAUCAUGAAAUGUAUUACGCUCAUUCUUAGCACAACAAUAUUGAUAUAUAAUGUUGGUUUUGAAUGUAUAUAGUUCAAGAGAUAUUUUAAUGACAUUCGUUCGUUUGUAUAUCGCUGUUCGUCAAUUAUAGUUUUAUGGCUUACGUUUCCCUUCACAUUUUACGCUGAUUUUGCUGCAAUGACUUGUUUCUUGUGAAGAUAGGAAUAUAUAGUUAUCUUUUGCAUAAAUAGACGGGCAUAUCUUUAUUGGCUCCAAUUAACUAACGAUCUCUCGAAAAAAUUUGCACACGCCCGGGUUCGAGUGAAUGAAGUUCGACUAUAUAUUUUUGAUAUUAAUUGCAGCAAUACUGAUAACUUAAGCCUUUGUUUACAUAACGAAGAUUAAUAACAAUGUGAAAAAUAGGUAAGGCAGACAGAAGCCUAAUACAUAAAAGACAAUCUAAAACGUCAUUUUUCAUGUGCCUGGUAAGCUCAGUAGGCAGAGUGUCCGUGUCAGUGUUGUAUUAAUUCAUUUACAUGUUUGAAUCAUGUUAUUUACAAUUAUAUCUGAGUGAUUUUAAAUAUAUUUUUCUUAUUGGAAAUGUAAAAUAAAUAUAAUGAAAUAAAGUGUGCUUAUAUUGACUUAUAUAUAUUAAAAUUAUAAAUAUUAUUAAUAUUUCGUAAUCGCAGUGUUUUCAAACUAACUUGAUUUUUAAAAUGAAAGAAGGAAGGAAAGAAAGAAAUUUAGAAAAACAAAACUAUAUUCAAACAAAGAUAAAGUAAAUAAAAAAGUGGAAAUAACAAUAACGACUUCAACAUAAUAACAUUGCAGAGCGUAGGGUUCGAACCUUUGAGUUCAAAUCAUUAAAAGUAACAAUGACGUUGAUUUACCACCUGCGCCAAUGGUACUUCUUAGAAUUAUUAUAGUUGUUGAUACUUCCAAUCUCAGAUAAUAUGCAGACUUACCCUUUUAAUGGACCUUCCCAUGUACCGUUAAAACCAAAUUAUCACUCUUGGACAUAAAUAGCAGAAUUUCCUCCAAUAAGCAUUACUAGGGGGAUGCCCAUCAAACAGUGAUAGAAAAAUGUUCGUUUUACUGUAAAAAUGACAACGUAAAUUUUUCCGGUAUUACUUUCGUACAUCUUGUUAAGUAUUUAAAAGCAAAUCCUGCUCACUCAGUUUAAGUUAGACUGACCAUAUGACAUCCAAUCUUAAGUUUAACUUAACUGUUUGAUAAGUAAAGAUGUAUGUAAUAAUUUUCCGCACUCAGGAGAGCACUUUAAGACAUGUGAAGUUAAAGUGGAUUUAAUGAAGAAAGAAACAUAGUCGAUCACCGGCAUGAAUCUUAAGACGACUCAAAUAUUUUAUUAAAAACUUAAUUUGUAUUGUGAUAUCAUUGUCAGGCAAUUUUCUACGUCUCUAUUGCAAAAAUUUACACAUUUUAGAAAUUUAAAUAUCCGUUGAAUACAUGAAGAUGACCCCCACCUUAUUUAAGUUAGAUAUAGGUAGUGCAUACUACUUCAUAUUUUGCGGCAAACCAUGCACUGCAGACCUUUGGCAUAGUUACUUAAUCU